CAGCUGUGCAAUUAUAAUGAGAAGUCUUCUUUCACCCCAUUGGUGAGCGGGGUCUGGAGGUAUGUUAGUGACGUCACUGGAACGCUGACAGGAGCGUUCCCUUUCUCCUCUGUGAAAAACAAGUGGUACAAUACAACACUGGCUAUGUGUAGUCUGACCUACGCGAUAAACGGUCUGGAGAGUACAAAUAACCUGUAAUUAUAGAACGGGCGACGUUUCUUGUUAUUUAAAUGGAAAGUGGUUGCACCGAGAAGAAACACGCAAUGGAAAUGGAAAAACAAAGAAAACCGGGCAGCUGUGAUGUAGUGAAAUCCAUGUGCAGUCCAGCAGUCACUGGGACAAAACAGAGAGACCCCCAGAGGCUCUACACAGCAAACCUUGCAAAAAGGGAGAGCCACAGGAAACGGGGCAAGGAUACCUGGACGGCCAAGUCGAGGGAGCUCAGCGGCCAGAACGUGCACUCUUUAAAUUCCAAAAGCAUCGCAGCAAAUAAGUCGUUAUGCAAAAACCCCGUGGAGAACUGCUACCAGCCGCAACCGGAGAAAACGUUUUCAGCGGAAGAGGCCCGGCAGGUGAUGAAAACAGUUGUAGAGGAGCGACUAAGGAAUGCGGAGUACGAUGGAAACGCGUGUUCCGCGCUGGCACUGGAGCUCGCAGACUGUGUGAAACACGCGGUGAAGGACUUGCUGUUUUUCGAGAGAUACAAAAUAAUCUGUUUCGUGGUUUUGGGACCGGUCAAGCAGUCGGACUUGUGCUGUUGUAGUCGGAGCGUGUGGUGUCCGUCUGCAGACACAUACGCAGAAUACUGUUUCAAAAACAACUCGCUUUUUGCCCUCUGUGUUCUCUACGCCGUGUAUUCUGAAUAAAUAACUUAAUCUUCAAA